AUGGAGUGGAAGGCACAAAACAAGACGCACCAGAUCCUGACGGCCGCCGAAAAAGGCGGCUAUGGCGUCGUCGCGCCAAUUGCCUACAACAUCGAAUGCAUCAUCGCCUUCGUCCGCGCCGCCGAGAGGAAGCGCUCCCCGCUCAUCCUCCAGUUCUUCCCCUGGGCCAUCACCUUCUCCGACGGCCUGCUCAUCCACGCGGCGGCGCACGCCGCGCGCAGCGCCUCCGUGCCCAUCGCGAUCCACCUCGACCACGCGCAGGACGAGGAGCUGAUCCGCAUGGCCGCGGACGCUCUCCCCUUCGACUCCAUCAUGGUCGACAUGUCGCACCACGAGAUGGACGAGAAUCUGGCCAAGACGGCCGAGCUGGUCAGGUACUGCCACGAGCGGCAGAUCACGACCGAGGCUGAGCCGGGACGGAUCGAGGGCGGAGAGGACGGGAUUGCGGACACGGCGGACCUGGAGGGGGCGCUGACGACCGAGGAGCAGGUGGCGCGGUUUGUGGCUACCGGGAUUGAUUUCCUUGCGCCGGCGGUGGGCAAUGUUCACGGGGAGUAUGGUGCCGAAGGGCCCAGGCUGGACUGGGAGAGGCUGGAGAUGGUGCGGCGAGAGUGUGCGAAGAACGAUGUGCGGGUUGUGCUGCAUGGGACGAACAGUUUUCCCGAGGAUGUCAUGAAGAGGUGCAUAAAGGGGGGUGUCUCGAAGGUGAAUGUCAACAAGCUUGUGCUGGACGACUAUCUUGUGCACUUGCAGAAGGAGGCUCCCAAGAUGAGUCUGACAGCGGCGAUGGAGAAGUCUGUGGCAGAUAUUCAGAGGCUUGUGGAAUGGCAGAUGGACGUCUGUGGCUCCUCCGGGAGGGCAUGA